GAUGCAAAUAUAGUCAUGUCGUCGCCUGGACCCUGGUUACAUUGGCAUUCUCUCGCAAACCUUGCCACAGAAUUCAAAAUGAACAGCACAAUCUUUCUGAAACCUUUCCUUCAAGUCCUGAUGAUCAUUGUUUUUGGCCAUUUUCGAAAUGGAUUUGGCCUGGAAACUGAUACCCUUACUGUCAGUUUAGUUCUUAACGAUUCAGAUACCAUAAAUUCGUCGGGCAAGCAGUUUACCUUGGGAUUUUUCACCCCCAACGGCACCACCAGGCGCUAUCUCGGCAUAUGGUACCGCGUUUCUCCUUCCUCCGUGACAUGGGUAGCAAAUCCGGAGCGGCCUCUCAAUGAUUCCUCCGGGACUGCUACAAUUUCCUCUGGCGGAGACAUUGUACUCAUGAACGGAAACAGGGAGAUUAUUUGGUCAUCAAGCGCUGUAACUUCUCCUACAAAUGCAACUGCCCAGCUAUUAGAUUCUGGAAAUCUUGUCCUGAUUGACAGUUCCAAUCGCACAAUAUGGGAAACUCACGGGCAUCCAGGGAACUCAUUUUUGCCCUCAAUGAGGUUGAGUUAUAACUCAAGAACCGGUGAAAGGGUUGUAAUAACUUCGUGGAGAAGCCCUCAAGAUCCUGUCCCUGGAAAUUUUACUUCUGGUCUCAGUGGGACUGCAGUUAUUCAAGCUUUUGUAUGGGAUAACGGCGUUCCUCAUUGGCGGAGCGGCCCAUGGAAUGGCCGGGUGUUCACUGGGGUAUCUGGAAUGUACUCUGUGUAUGUUGAUGGAUUCAGUGUCGGAACUGCUGAAGAUGGCAGUGUUUAUAUUACUCGGGCUUUCAGGCAAGAGUUCUUGUCGAAGAAUUUCAUAGAAACAGAUGGGACACUUGUGGAGGCAGCCUGGAAUGAUGAAAAUGAUGAUUGGGAUGUUAAAUGGAAAGCUCCAAAUGAUGACUGCGACGUGUACAACAAAUGUGGUCCGUUUGGGCUCUGUUAUAUAAAUGACACACCUAUAUGUAGUUGUCUUAUUGGAUACGAACCUAAGAGUCAGGAGGAAUGGGAUAGGGGGAAUUGGAGCAGCGGAUGCGUGAGGAAGACUCAGUUGCAGUGUGACAGAGAUAAUAAUGCAACUGAUAAAAACAGAGAGGAUGGAUUUUCCAGGCUAAGAUUUAUUAAAGUGCCAGAUCUCAUGCAGUGGUCAUCAGGCGAAGAAAAUGAAUGCAAAAGCCAAUGCUUGAGGAAUUGUUCUUGCUUAGCUUAUGCAUACGACUCCAAUACUGGCUGUAUGUCAUGGUAUGGGACCUUAAUUGAUGUUCAGAAAUUCGAGGGUAAUAUGGGCUCAGAUUUUUAUGUUCGCGCAGCUUACUCGGAGCUUGAAAAGCCGAAAGAUCGCAAAGUAAUUGUUGUAGUUUCGGUGGUUGCCAGUUUGGUAGCUGCAUCCAUUUGUCUAUUUUUCUCUUGGUGGAUGUGUAAGCGGAAAGGCAAAGCCACGAUUUCAUCAUCACAUGGGAAAGCAGAAGCAAGUGACUCUGAUUCAACUGAAAUUUUAAUGGGUGAAGUGAACAUAGAAGAGUUGCCACUGUACAGCUUUGAUGUGCUGGCAAGUUCAACUAACAAUUUUGACAUGGGAAAUCAGCUAGGAAUGGGCGGGUUUGGUGCUGUUUAUCAGGGAAAACUGGCAAAUGGAGAAGAAAUUGCAGUGAAGAGACUUUCAGCAGCAUCUGGACAGGGGCUUGAAGAGUUUAUGAAUGAAGUGGUUCUGAUUUCUAAACUCCAACACCGGAAUCUUGUUAGGCUAAUCGGAUGUUGUGUGGAGAAAGAAGAAAAGAUGCUGAUCUAUGAAUAUUUACAGAAUAGAAGCUUAGACGUCUUUCUCUUCGAUAAAUCACAAAAUAUUCUUGAUUGGAGGAAACGGUUCAACAUUAUCCAGGGGAUAGGGCGCGGCCUUCUGUAUCUUCACAGGGACUCCAGGCUGAGGAUAGUCCACCGGGACCUGAAACCAAGUAACAUAUUACUGGAUGAAGAUUGGAAUCCGAAGAUUUCAGAUUUCGGAAUGGCCAGAAUAUUUGGAGGCAAUCAAGAUCAAGCCAACACCGGGAGAGUCAUGGGAACAUAUGGAUACAUGGCUCCUGAAUACGCCAUGGGUGGAGUAUUUUCAGAAAAAUCUGAUGUUUUCAGCUUCGGAGUUCUGGUGCUGGAGAUUAUCAGUGGGAGAAAGAACACAAGUUUCUAUAACGAUGAGUUCUCUUUAGGCCUUCUGGGAUAUGCGUGGAAACUAUGGAAUGAAGACAAUUCAGGGGAUCUGAUAGAUCAAAGGAUAUCAACCCCAACUUUUGCAGCGGGAAUAACGAGAUGUAUGUGGAUUGGAUUGUUAUGUGUACAGGAAUCCCCCCAACAGAGGCCGACCAUAUCUACUGUUCUGUCGAUGCUUAGUAGUGAAAUUGUUGAUUUGCCGGAGCCGGAACAUCCGGGAUUUACGGAGAAGUGGAGUCGCUCCCACGUCGGACCUUCUUCUUCAACCCAAAGCAGCUCUGCCAAUAAGAUCACGAUCACUGUGAUGGAAGGGCGUUGAUGAGCUACUAAUACGAGACUUGCAACCGUGGAAGCAUCAAGACAACAGCUGCAGUCACAGAGGACAAACCAAGCAGCUGGGGCUAGACCAGUGCUGGAAGAAUUCAUUCCACUCAAGAACACAACUUCAUCAGACCCGACCGAGAAUGAGGGAAAUAA